AUGAGGCAGAAAAAAACCCAAAAACAUUCUCCAUCCAAACAUUCUGGCUCGGACUUGCAAAAGGGAAAGAGACAUCGUCGGGUCUCACAACCAGCGGAUGCUUCUCCAAUGGCUCCGGUGAGUCCCAGUCAUCAGUCUCCACUCGAUGUGCUUGUGGCUACUGAGACACCGUCCUCUACCGCCACGCCCCCUCCACCCGCAGUCUCAGGAUCUGAGGCUCAAAUUGGUGGUAAUGUUGCUCCUGUGAUCGCUGCGGAAGUAGCUGAACCAGAACCAACCACGCAGAAGGUAGUGGCUGAAGAAGCCAGGUUGUCGACAACAACAUUGGCAGAGGUUAACAACCCUCAGUCGACGGUGAAACCAGCCAACACAUGGUGCUCCCUUGUAAAAGGGACCACGAGAGAAAUCCAGAAGAAAGGAGAAGCUUACACUUUACCGAUGGAUGACAAAGGAAAGAAAACCCGCAGGGGACGAUCUCAAAGCAGAGUGUGGGUUGAAAAGAGUGCUACACAGCUAUCUCAAACACUGUCUCAAACGCUGCCUUCUACAAUGAAAAUGGUUUUGGGAGGGCAAACAGACUUGGGCAAAGCAAAAGACUUAGCUNAAGGAGAAACAAGCGCAGCCGGUGCUCUGGUUAAAUCUGUUGGAAAUUCUUCUGUGGUUGCCAACAUGAGAAGAUAA